GUUUAAUUUUUUGAGCUGUAGUCCUCUUGCUUGCUGUUGGUGAUUAUUAAUGAGAACAUCCUAAUCACAUGAAUAAAUGAAUAUUGAAUGUAGACUGUAGUAUUUUUAGACCUUUCUCUUUAGUGUGCAUGGCUCUCUGCAUGUGCUGUGGUGAGAGCUCUCUGAUCUAUUCUAAUGAUUCUGUGGUGGUUUUGUGGUGUUUGUGACUUGACCUCACAUUUCUUUCUCUGUUAUGUGUCUCUUUUCAUUUGCAGUAAACAAAUGUUGUGACGUCAUCGUGUCUCCACAAGGUUGUAGUGAAUGCCCUGCUGGGAGCCAUACCUUCCAUCAUGAAUGUGCUGCUUGUGUGUUUGAUCUUCUGGCUGAUCUUCAGCAUCAUGGGGGUGAACCUUUUCGCAGGGAAAUACUACCAUUGUGUUAAUAUCACCAGCAAUGAGAUGUUUCUAAUCAGUGUGGUCAAUAACAAGUCAGAUUGCUUUGCCCUGAUUGCAAACAAUGACACAGCGCGCUGGAAAAACGUGAAGAUUAAUUUUGAUAAUGUGGGAGCCGGAUACCUGGCGCUACUGCAAGUGGCCACAUUUAAAGGAUGGAUGGACAUCAUGUACGCAGCAGUGGAUUCUCGUGAUUUGGAGCAACAGCCUGACUAUGAAUCAAACCUUUACAUGUACCUGUACUUCGUCAUCUUCAUUAUCUUCGGGUCCUUCUUUACCCUUAACCUCUUCAUUGGUGUCAUCAUUGAUAACUUCAAUCAGCAGAAGAAAAAGCUAGGAGGUCAGGAUAUCUUCAUGACAGAAGAACAGAAGAAAUAUUACAACGCCAUGAAGAAACUGGGAUCUAAAAAGCCUCAGAAGCCAAUUCCCAGGCCUGCG